GCCCGCACCGGCUUCCCCGGGCCUUGCCGCGGGUCUCCGGGAGACGUGCCUUUAUUUUCCCGGACCCAGACCCACUUUCACCAUUCCCGUCCCUGUUCCGGUCGCGAGCCCCUCCCCUCUCUAUCCUCACUAGCUAGGGGUUAGAAGUCCCAGGGUAUGAGCCGGAAACGGCCUCGGCUCGUCCCGGAAACUUUCGGGUCUAGGAGGCGACGAGGACCUGGAGGAGCUGGAGAGGAGCCUCUGGGGGGCGAGGCAGGGUCGGUGCUCCGGGCCCUGCGUGAGCUGGGUGAGCUGUUCCCCCGGCUCCUGUUCCAGGACGCGCUGCCUCCCAUCGCCCUCAAGAGCCAGGUGUACAGCCUAGUGCCGGACCGGACCGCGGCCGAUAGGCAGUUGAGAGAACUUCGAGAACUAGGGGAGGUUAGAGUGAUUCAACUUGGCUUUGAUGCUGAUGCUCAGGGGAUUGUCUUCACUGAGGACUUCAGGACCAAAGCCCUAGCAUCUUGCAGGGGUCGGUCAUUUGAAGGGACAGUGCAGAGAUUUCUGGCCUCAGUGCUUCCAGCCUGUGGAGAUCUCAGCUUUCAUCAGGAUCAGAUGACUCAAACCUUUGGCUUUAGGGAUUGUGAGAUCACGCAGCUGGUAAAUGCUGGAGUCCUCACAGUCCGAGAUGCUGGGAGCUGGUGGCUAUCAGUGCCAGGAGCUGGAAGAUUUGUAAAGUAUUUUGUCAAAGGGCGACAGGCAGUACUUGGGAUGGUUCGAAAGUCCAAGUAUCGGGAGUUGCCCCUUUCUGAGCUCCUUGCUAGACGAGCUCCUCUGUCUGUGAGGCUUGGCCUUCCCUACCAUGUACAUGAUCUAAUUGGAGGGCAGUUGCUUGACAUUGUCCCUACCACAUCUGGGACUCUCCUUCGCCUGCCUGAGACAUGAAGAUUCUGGUAAUCUUGCCCACUUCAUCUGUUGGACUGGGGUAUGAAAUGAGGCAUAGAUCUAGCCUGCAGCCCACAAGACCUCACUGUUGAAUUAACAUAGAUGGAAGUGGCACCUGUGGAUGGGUUACUCCUUGAAGGAUCUGGAGUUGAGAAUACUGUUCAACUUUCUAGGUGGACGGGACAGAUAUGAUCACUGCUAUUUAUCAUCUCCUAUGUUGGGCUUUCAAUCUUGCUUGCCCCCUGCCUUUUCCGGGGAGAAAUAUCAGAAAUUAUGUCAAUGUUAUAGUUUUUGCCUUUCAUGGAAGACAUAAUGUUAUUUUUUUUCCCCUUGGUCAAUGGGGAUUCAUAGAUGACAAGGAGAAAGGAUGGGGAUGGGGAUUCUUUUUUUUUUCCUUUUGAAAUUGCCAAAUAAACAAUAUCUGCCUGUGA